UUUUUUUAAUUUUGCUUUUUAGAGUGGAGCAUAAAAUGGACAAGGAACCUAAAAAUGUUGCUGCUGAUAACGCAUUUGCGAAAUUUGAUUUCGAUGACAGGCUAAUUAAGAUGAUUGCAGAAAUGAAUUGGGAAACACCUACACCAGUUCAAGCUUCAAUGAUUCCAAUGGUUUUGAGUGGAAAGAAUGUUCUUGCUAGAGCACGCACUGGAAGUGGAAAGACUGCGGCAUUUUUACUUCCUCUUAUUCAGAAUAUUUUGCAGCUUAAUAUUGAAAGGCCAUUUGCAGAUAUGCGAGGUCCAUAUGUUCUUAUUGUUGCUCCAACAAAAGAAUUAACUUCUCAAAUAUUCACUCAACUUCAACAAUUAAUUGCUCCAUUUCCUUUCAUUCAAGCUCUCGAUUUAGUUCAUUAUCUUGAUCCUAACGAGAACCAAACCUUAAAUGAUGAUUUACUUGAUAUUUUGUUGGGAACGCCUGGACGUUUAUUGGCCGUUGUGGAAAAGAACCCUGGGUUGUUGGAUAGAAUUCGGACUGUUGUGCUUGAUGAAGCUGAUUUAAUAUUUUCUUAUGGAUAUCAGGAUGAAAUGAAAAAAUUAAAAGCACUUUUGCCUAAACGAUUUCAAACAAUAAUGACUUCUGCAACUCUUAAAGAAGAUCUUAGUGAAAUUCAAAAAACUUUUGUUGAAGGAAAGAUGCUUUCACUUAAAUUAAAAGAACGAGAUUUGCCCGGAACUGAUCAAUUAGAACAGGAACGUUUUACAAUUUUAAUGGCUCUUAUAAAACUUAAAUUGCUAGUUGGUAAAUCUGUCGUUUUUGUUUCUACUGUGGACCGUUGUUACAAGCUUUAUUUAUUUCUGCAAGCAUUUAAAGUCCCUUCUUGUGUUUUAAAUGCUCAAAUGCCAACAAAUUCUCGCUGUAGAGUUAUUCGCGAAUUUAAUCAAGGAAAAUGGCCCUUUUUGAUUGCAUCAGAAUGUAAUGAUAUUUUUGAUGAUUCCCAGGAAUCAGAAGAAAAUUUGAAAGUAAAGAAAAAUAAGGUAAGGUUAAGAAGUUAAAGAGUAAGUA